CUGAACAGCUACAGUCCACAUGCGUUCAAGUCUAUAGAAAGACCUGCCCAUUUAUCACAGUUUGUAUUCUAAUGUGACAGAAUUUAGAAAUGUUUCACACUUCCUCAAAUGUAAUGUUGGACUACAAAGUCAAAUGGAUUUUUUUGGAAUAAAAAUGCAGUGCAUGACGGAUCCCAAUACCCUCUCUCUCUCUCUCUCUUUCUAUCCCCAGUAGGAAAUAUGAUGUUAUGUGAUGGCAUCACGCGGGAGUCAGAAAAUCCGGGUAGCCUAGUCAUGCGCUAAUCCGGUAUUUAAGAACGACGCUCCACUGGUUCGGGGGAAAUAGAAGCAGGGGUCUGGACACAGUGGAGUGGAAGUUGUUCUCAUAACUAGUGGAAGGAGAAAGUGAUAUUUAAUGUGUUGAGUGAUACUUUUGGUUUAAGAGGUAGUUGAGGUGUAUAAACAGUAGGUCAAAGUGACUCGGUCGUGCGUAAAAGUUUGGAUAAUGUUCCGGUGCUGCUUUUUGGUUCUUGUGGGCGCGGCGGUGGUGAGCGCCCAGUUCCCUCGCGAGUGUGUGACACCCGAAGCACUCAGGAGCGGAACGUGCUGCCCAUCGCCCAAUGGACUCAACAACGACCCGUGCAGCGUCAGCACCGGGCGAGGACAGUGCGUGUUCAUCUCCGUGGAUGCGAGCCCGCACGGCCCGCAGUACCCGCAUGAUGGACAGGACGAUCGGGAACUAUGGCCCAUCCGUUUCUUCAACCGGACCUGUCAGUGUAACAACAACUUCGGUGGGUUUGACUGCGGCCAAUGCAGACACGGCUGGACGGGAUUCAACUGUGAUCAGAGGGUUUCUGUUGUAAGAAGAAACGUGAUGCUUCUCAGUCCGGAGGAGAAGCGUGCAUUCGUGAACGCGCUGGACCAAGCCAAGCGCACGGUACACCCGGACAUUGUGAUCGCCACGCGGCGCUUUCCGGAGAUCUUCGGGCCCGAUGGGAACACGAUGCAGUUCGAGAACAUCACAAUCUAUAAUUUCUUCGUGUGGUCCCAUUACUACUCUGUCAGCAAGACGUUCCUCGGCGCGGGACAGCCCAGCUUCGGGGGAGUGGACUUCUCACACGAAGGGCCCGGUUUUCUCACCUGGCACAGGUUCCACCUGUUGCAACUGGAGCGAGAUAUGCAGGAGAUGCUGCAGAACCCAUCAUUCGCCCUUCCCUACUGGAACUUUGCCAUCGGUGGAGACACAUGUGACAUCUGCACAGAUGACCUGAUGGGAGCCAGGAGCAGCUUCGACAUGAAUUCCCUUAGUGCCAACUCCAUUUUCUCCCAGUGGAGGGUGGUCUGUGAGAGCGUAGAGGACUAUGACACCCUGGGAACCAUCUGCAACAGCACUGAGACUAAUGCCAUCAGAAGGAACCCAGCAGGAAAUGUUGACAGGCCGAUGGUGCAGCGUCUUCCAGAGCCCAAGGAUGUGGAGGACUGCCUGCAGGUUACAACUUUUGACACACCACCUUACUACUCCACCUCCUCUGAAAGCUUCAGAAACGCAAUUGAAGGCUACAGCACACCCCAGGGGAAAUAUGACCCCAUUGUGAGGACCCUCCACAACCUGGCCCAUCUGUUCCUGAACGGAACAGGAGGAACAACUCACCUCUCACCUAACGACCCCAUCUUUGUCCUUCUGCACGCCUUCACCGACGCCAUCUUUGAUGAAUGGCUGAGGAGACAUGCUCCAGAUAUGUCUGUGUUCCCUGGAGAAAUGGCUCCCAUCGGCCACAACAGGGGCUACAACAUGGUGCCUUUCUGGCCUCCUGUGACUAACGCUGAGAUGUUUUUGACUGCCCCUGACAACCUUGGUUACUCUUAUGAAGCUCAAUGGCCAGGCCAAGCUUACACCUUGACUGAAAUCAUCACAAUGGCAAUAGUCGCUGCCCUCGUGGUUGUUGCCGUCAUUUUCGCUGCUACCACAUGUGCCUUACGUGCCAGGUCUUACAAGAUGGAUGGCCACCAGCCCCUGCUUGGGGAUCAAUACCAGCGCUAUGAUGACAAAAACAGCCAAUCUGUAGUAUAACAGCUACAUGCCUUUUCUCUUCACUUUUAUAAUAACAAGAAUAUGCAGUUUGUUAAACCCAAAUCUGUUUUCACUGGUGAGAAGGAGUAGAUGUUGAAUGCUGCGUUGUGAUAGGAAGUGAUCUUCUUGCUUCAUUCAUUGUCCAUAUAUCAAACCCUUAUGUAGUCCAUUUUUCUUAACAAAUAGUACAGAUGUGAACAACUCAAACAGUGAUUGAAGAUGCAUUUUUGUAAUUGAAAGUUCCAGAUAUUUGCAGUUGCUUUAACAAGUUUGGCUUGGCAAAUAUAAACUUUUUUAAAUUUUUGAGAUUUCAGAAAAAAAAUGGAAAUGUUAAAUGUGUUCAAAUAAAGCGAACAUGGACAA